GCCAGUGCAGUCACCAGACGGUAAUACAUGGUUUCACUCGCGAUUGUAGCUUGCGCGGCGAUCCUACCCAACUUUGCUUAUUGUUUGUCCUCAUACAGAGUAUAUAUUCCAUGCCAGCAGGGAUUGUUGGGAUAGUCUACUUCUUCCAUCACAAGCAAGCAAAGCAAUAAAAAGCCAUAUCAACCACACAUACCUUUCACUGAAGAGUUCGAGAAACUCAAUCAACCCAAAGUCAAUCGUUUAUAUCCCUUGCAACAACAAACAGUCAAAUGUUGCGAACAACAAUCCCGAGGUCGUGUAUGACCAGAAUCCGAACACCAGCAUUCUGUCAAUCAUUCUCAACGGUGAUGCCAUUGAGAGCCGAAGGUGAUACUGGUGCUGUUAGGUCAGGUGGUAUUGCCGCAGGUGAUUCAUUCACAAGACGGGAACAAUCCAUGGAAAAUGUAUGGUUCAGACAACACGAGGUAGACAAUAUUAGAAAAAUGAGAGAAAAGCUACUGGCCCAGAAAAAACAGCUGGCCGAUUUCGAACAACAUCUAGACGAAAUGGAAGAGGCGGCCAAAUUACGGGCAACUCAAGAAGGGCAAUGACUAGCCAAGAGCAGGCUGUAAUGAACGACAAAAAUACGGUAUCCAUGGCGUUUGGGAAAACAUCUUCGACAAUCUAUCAAUAUCUUGGACCUGGGGGUCCCCAUCAGGGCGUUUACGGGAGAACAUCAACGAAGGUCUAUUGACCAUCCAUUAGAGAAACGCAGAAAGACGCAGCAAAUGACUACAAACAUGAAGCAAGCGGGUAGCUCAUUACAACUAACGGCCGUCUUCAUACGGAGUACAAUACAUAAUUCAGCUUCCUCCUCGUGUGGCAUAUACAGUUCCCACGAGUGGACGGUAUUUAUCAAUAUCGAAUAAUUUUUCGGCUUCAAGAA